GGCGGCCGCCAUCUUGUUGUUGAUUCGAACGGCGGGGAGCGGGCGGCGGCGCUGGGGGCUCGGGGUUGGCAGCCCCCGGCCGGGCAGGCGGAGCCGCCCCGAGGCUGCGUGCGGCGAGGAGCCCUCGGAGCGCGGCGGUGCCAUGAGAGCGGCAUGGCUGACUUGCUUCUGGCAUCCCGUGCCCUCUUGGUUGUAAGAGGUUGGCUCCGUAUUCCGCUGACUGUUCAACAGAGAGAGUUUGGGUAACAUCUCAAAGGUGGGUUCACCAUAGAAGAUAAUGUGCAGGCUUCUUAGUACUUCUACCUGGAAAACAUUAGACUGAACAGAUCUCAAGUUCAGAAGCUGUAGCCUGACUUUUCUUGCCUGUGACCCUUAAGGGUCAUCUGCUUAGGAAAAUUAAACUGAUAACAACAUGGCUAUCCACGCAGCACAGUAGAGCAGCCUGCAGUUCCCUUCUCUCAUGAUAAGCGAAGCCAUGUCCUGGGCACUGACUGGUGUUACGGUGACGGCUCGGCACUUCUGACCUGUUCAGCUGCAGUGGGAAGGUGUGGGGAAGCUUACACGCCCAGCUGAAGCAAAGUAUUUGAUCAGCUUUACCUUCACGUAUUCUCGAAUGCAGGUUUGGAUGUUAUGGUCUGGAUGAAUGGAGUAUGGCUGUAAGCACACUGAGGAGUGCUGCAAAAAGUGAAUGGAACCAGAGGAGGAUGAAGUACUAAUUCACAGAGAGCUCUCUGUACACAGCUGGACAACCCUCCUGCUCCUUGUUUUUGCCACAAUGUGAUGAGGUUGGGUGGAUGGCAGUAUAUAGAAGGCUGUUUAGCUGAAAUUCCAUCGUCUCGUUGCUGAUGAUCAUAGAUUAAUCUGUCUUUCUGAGGUAUGUUUGGAGAGGUUGACGUGGGUGUUCUUCAAGAUUACCUUGUAUUGUUCUUCACUUGGUCAUCUGUGUGUAUGUAAGCUACAGUUGUGUACAGCACACAGCUCUUCUGGAGAUGCUUGGCAUGCCUGGCUUAAGCAUGAAGGAUGUGUGUGGAAUACUGGGAGGUCAGUCUAAAGAGGAAAAGCAGUGGCUCAAAAUGUAAAGUAAUUUCAUCUUUGUCUGGUUACAGCCUCUUUGGAUUUGACACACCGUAUAGCAUAAUAGCCUAUCAGUCUAGAUUUGCUGUGUACUUUGAUUUCUCUUCAGUGUCCCUGAGGUUUUUCCUGUGGCAUUAUGUUCCAGUGGUUGCAAACUGCGUAUGAUAUUGCAGUUGACAUCGGCCCUAACCCCAAACCCAAAGGGACACGAAGAUCUGGGUUUCACAACUUGUGAAAGCUACAGGGAAUACACAGGGGAGCAUCUGGUGAUCUUUUUGGGACUCCCAGCCUGGGAAGAGUGCUGUCAGAGCUCUGCCCAUCAGGCUGACUAUUUGCAUCCCUUUGCACUGGGUGUAGUUGUGUGAGGACAGUGCGGUCACGUAGCCACCACAAAAGGAAAUGUUUUCCAUUGGAUCAGUGGGAUGAUUCAACUGAAGUAUCACCAUAAGGAAGCACAUAGCCAGGAUUGCCCCCCGUCUGCCUGAGCGCUGCUGAGCUGCACCUCCCAGCCUUUGUGGCUCUCCCCAUGCUCCAAGAGUUCAACUGGUGCCCAACGCAAUGUGUGUUUGUCAAACCAUGGAAGUGGGCAAGUAUGGCAAGAAUGCCACUAAAUCUGGAGACCGGGGGGUCCUGCUGGAGCCUUUUAUUCACCAGGUGGGUGGCCACAGCAGCAUGAUGCGCUAUGACGACCACACCGUCUGCAAGCCGCUCAUCACCAGGGAGCAGCGCUUCUACGAAUCCCUGCCUCCAGAAAUGAAGGAGUUCACACCUGAGUACAAAGGUGUGGUGUCUGUCUGUUUUGAGGGAGACAGCGACGGCUACAUUAAUCUGGUAGCAUAUCCCUACAUGGAGAAUGAAGCUUUGGAGCAGGAUGACAUGCCAGAGAGGGACCAGCCACGACGCAAGCACUCGCGUCGGAGCCUUCACAGGUCAAGCAGUGGCACUGAGCACAAGGAGGAAAAGCCUGGCCUGGCCAGUGACAGCACAGAAAGCAGCAUCCAGGAGGCAAAGAGUUCCAGGAUGGACUUGCACAUCCACUCAGAUGUUCCAUUUCAGAUGCUGGAUGGGAACAGUGGGCUGAGCUCUGAGAAGAUCAGCCAUAACCCCUGGAGCCUGCGCUGCCACAAGCAGCAGCUGAGCCGCAUGCGGUCGGAGUCCAAGGAGCGAAAACUCUACAAGUUCCUUUUGCUGGAGAACGUGGUGCAUCAUUUCAAGUUUCCCUGCGUGCUUGAUCUGAAGAUGGGGACCAGACAGCACGGAGAUGAUGCCUCUGAGGAGAAGGCUGCUCGGCAGAUGAAGAAGUGUGAACAGAGCACUUCUGCCACCUUGGGUGUGCGAGUCUGUGGGAUGCAGGUCUACCAGCUGAACACUGGGCAUUACUUAUGCAGGAAUAAAUACUAUGGACGUGGUCUUUCCAUCGAGGGCUUCCGCAACGCCCUCUACCAGUAUCUGCACAACGGCAUAGAGCUGCGCAAGGACCUCUUUGAGCCUGUCCUCGCCAAACUCCGAAGCUUGAAGGCAGUUUUGGAGAGGCAGGCCUCCUACCGCUUCUACUCCAGCUCCCUUCUCAUCAUUUACGACGGGAAGGACAGCAGGGCAGAGAUGUUUGUGGAGUGCCACUCGGAGACGCGCCUGAAGCAGAUGGACAGCUCUGUUCCGGAGAGCCUUCAGGACGGUGGCAGCACGGAGCCCAGCUCCCCUCCACACCCCAUGGUGGAUGUGCGUAUGAUUGACUUUGCACACAGCACCUUCAAAGGCUUCCGUGAUGACCCCACCGUGCAUGACGGACCCGACAGAGGUUACGUGUUUGGGCUGGAGAGCCUCAUCAACAUCAUGGAGCAGCUACGUGAGGGAAACCAGUAGCCCUGGGCUGUGGCCGCUUAUUCUCGUCCCGGUGACUGGAGGGGACACGACCACCUCCUGCCACGGGAAACAGCAACCACUUCAGUUUUAGAACAAUGUAUUGCUCCACUGUUUUUAAAUGUACUCGGAUAGAACAGCCGAAGGGAGGCAGAGUAGAAGAGCUCCUCAAGCUGAGCGCAACAGCUCUGCCCCCUCGAGGGGGCUCCACGGCUGCCUGCUGGGGCUCCUGGUACUUUGCUCCUCGCAUGUGUGUUCUGGAGGGGGGACCUGGCCCUAGGGAAGGGAAAGCAGGAGAGGGCGGGGCCCUGCAGGGCUGGAGCUGUGGCUUGAGGAGCCCCCUGCCUCGGCAGCCCCUGGAGGCCUCGGGCUUGAAAUCCUCCCCGUGCUCCGGAGCAGCAGCCGGCAGGCUCUGCGGGGCAGCAGUGUGCUCUGCGUGCUCCCUGGCUGGCGUUGCUAGCUCUGCCCUCUGUUUUGCCGAUGGGGCUUUGCUUCUGAUGCUGCCUUUUCCUUCCGUUUGGGCACUGUGAAUAACCGACCCAAACGGGGAAAUAAAAUGACCAAAUGCAACCCAGGGCGGAGCCGCGGGGCCGGAAAUGCUGCGCUCCCGGUGCUGCCUACGGCCCUGGGCCGACCCGGGCCGGGCUCUGCCACCGUCGCCGCCCUGGGCCGCUGACCAAGCCACAGCUCAGCUCGUGGGCUAGCAAUAGUACUUGUAGCAGUUAAUGUGACCCCGGCCGUGCAGCGGGGUGUUCCGGACCAUUUCAACCCUCCUCCCCGUCAUCGUCCGUCCCGCCGCUUGUACGCGAGGAGCUCUGUGUGCCGAGGGCUCUGCCUGGCGGCUCACGCAGGGACACAGCGCUACGUCCUGCCCGGGCUCCGCGCUGUUGGGGGCUCGGCUGGCACGGAGUACCGCCGGGCUGUGCCCCCCCCAGCCGUGCUCCGCCCGUGGCUUCCCGUGCUGGGGCCGCUCCCUUUCGCUGCUGUCCCGGCCCCUCCGCCCCGCGUGUCUGCGCUGCGCCCCGGCCGUCCCCUUCCUGCUCUGCCCGCCUCAUCCCGCGGCACUUCUGCCCCUGCCCGGCCCCGCUCUCCCCUCCGCUCGCUCCCUCCGUCGCUUCUGCGGGCGGCCGCGCUGCCCGGCCGGGCCGCGGGGUUCGGGGUGGGCUGCAGUGAGGAGCCCGGGGCGGCGGGAGCAGCCGUGUGCCCGGCCGGGCUGUCCGGAGCCGCCUUCCCUCGCCCCCGGUGCGGAGGGCCGCCGCCUGUACAUAACCGCGUCCGCUGUCUGUGCUCGCCCAGCGCCGCGCAUUAAAGGAGCUCGUUUUGGC